UGCGCGGGAGAGUAGAGCGGCGGCGCGGGCGGAGGGAGCGCCAGUCGGGGCCGGGACGCCGGAGAAGAAGGAAGGGAAGAAGGAAGGAAAGCAGGAAAGAUCCCAGCACGGACUCUUUGGGAGAGGAAUAGGCGUUGCCAGGGCAACCCCAGCGGGAUAUGGAAACAAGAGGAGCCGCCAAGGAAGUGGAUUAAGCGAAUUGGACGCUGAAGAAGGAGCCGGUCGGGGAGGGGGCGGCGGAGGAUGGUGCGCCCGGACGGGGAGGAGGAGGAGGAGGAGGAGGGGGAGGGAGGGGCCCCCCGGAAGUGCCGCUUCCGCCCCGCUUCCGCCUCCCCUUCCGCCUCCGCUUCCGCCUCCGCUUCCUCCUCGGCGCGCCUGCUGGGCCUGCUCCUGGCCCUGCUCCGCCUCGCCUCGCCCCUCCUCGCCAAGAACCUCGAGCCCGUCGCCUGGACCGCCUCCAGCCACAAGUUUGUGCCGGGGAAGGGCCUGGUCAUCUACCCGGAGAUCGGGGACAAGCUGGACAUCAUCUGCCCGAAGGCGGACCCCUCUCGGCCCUACGAGUACUACAAGCUGUACCUGGUGCGGCGGGAGCAGGCCGAGUCCUGCAGCACCGUCAUGGACCCCAACGUGCUGGUCACCUGCAACCGGCCCGAGCAGGAGAUCCGCUUCACCAUCAAGUUCCAGGAGUUCAGCCCCAACUACAUGGGCCUCGAGUUCAAGCGCCUCCAGGACUACUUCAUCACCUCCACGUCUAACGGCUCCUUGGAAGGACUGGAGAACCGGGAAGGAGGGGUCUGCCAGACGCGCUCCAUGAAGAUCGUCAUGAAAGUGGGGCAGGAUCCCAAUGCGGUGAUGCCGGAGCAGCUGACCACUAGCCGGCCCAGCAAGGAGUCGGACAACACCGUGAAGAUCGCCACCCAGAGCCCCCGACACAGGCCCCCCUCCGUGGGGGAGGACCCCGGGAAGCCAGAUCCCGUGAACCAGGACGGGGCCGGGGAUGUGCAGAGCCCCACGGAUGGUUUCUUCAGCUCGAAGGUGGCGGUCUUUGCGGCCAUCGGGGCCGGGUGCGUCAUCUUCAUCCUCAUCAUCAUCUUCCUGGUGGUGCUCCUGAUCAAGAUCCGGAAGCGGCACCGCAAGCACACGCAGCAGCGGGCGGCCGCCCUCUCGCUCAGCACGCUGGCCAGCCCCAAGUGCGGGGGCGGGGGCGGCCCCGGGGGCAACGCGGGCUCCGAGCCCAGUGACAUAAUCAUCCCUUUGCGGACUACAGAGAACAACUACUGCCCGCACUACGAGAAGGUCAGCGGGGACUACGGGCACCCGGUCUACAUUGUGCAGGAGAUGCCCCCACAGAGCCCCGCAAACAUUUACUACAAGGUCUGACCGGGGGUGACCCCCCGGAGGAGGAGGAGCAACGGAGAGAGGAUGGACGGAGGACGAGGGGAAGGGGCUCACGGAAUGGGACCGGGCCGCGCGGAAUGGGACCUGGCGGCUCCCCCCUCGUGAGCGUGCUUGCCUCGCACAGAGAGAGCGCCCGGGCCCCGCCAGCGGCGAAGAAGGCCGAAGAGGCACAGCAGGGUCCCCCGACUCCUAGUAUUUAGUUUUGUAGUCUGGAGCUUUUGUAAUCCUGAGACUUGUGGAGGGAGGAGGAGGAAGAGGAGGCCAAGAUGGAGUCGAUAUCUGAGGUUGCCCCUUUGCCCCCCCUCCUCCAACCCCCGACCCCCCCCCCCCCCGACCCACAGCACGUUCCGCGGCCCAUUUGCUUGGGCUUGGUGCCUUUCCUCACUCAACUCGGACACAUCUGGCGGCACCCUCCUCUGCCCGGGGAGCAAUCUGCCGCUGCCACCAUCGUCAUCCAUCACCAUCGCCACCUCCACCAUUUCGACUGGCUUUUCUGGGGCUGCCCCACCUGCGUCCAUUGUUAUGUUUCCAAUAUGUGUGGGGAGGGGGCAUUGCAGGGGGAGGGGGCAUGUGCCAUGUUGUGUUGGUUUAAGGGAGGGAACUGGCUCAUGGCCCAAGGAGCACAGAGGGGCAUGGGGCCCCAAGGAGGAGGAGGAAGAGGAGGAAGGGCGCUGAUGAAGAGGAGGAAGCGGUCGGUCCAGCCCACCUUCCUCUGUUUAUAGUUUUGCAAUAUUUUUGUUUUGUAUUUUUUUUCUCCAGUUGAGGAACAUUGGAAAGCUUUGAGCCACCGAUACCCCUAACAUAGGCUUCUCCCUCUCCCCUUGGCAACCGUAUUGUUGAAGGCUUUCGUGGUCAGAAUCACUGGGGUGUGGUGUGGUUCCCGGGCUGAAUGGCCAAUGUGUUCUAGGAGCAUUUUCUCCUUUUUUGUCUUGCCUGCAUCUGUGGCUACUGGCAUCUUCAGUAGAUCUGAUGGUAGUCGAGCAAGUGGAGGGGAAUAAUGUCCAGGGUGGGAGGAAUGAACCAUUGUCUGAAAAAUAGUGUGAAGGGUGCAGUUAGCAAGCUAGAGUGGGGACCCACCCAUUAGCAUAUGAGUCGGGCAAUUGCGUAGAAGUAGCCUGGUCUUUGUUUCCUUUAUAUUGUUUGCUGCCUUGGAGACAUCCUUAGCCUGGGUGGUGCUCACUAGCCCUUGCUUGCAUGCUGCCUGGAGGCAUUAUUAUUAUUAUUAUUAUUAUUAUUAUUAUUAUUAUUAUUAUUAUUUGAUACACGACAAGAUGAGUACACAGCAAACAAGAUCACUAUGCUGGCUGUUGUAUUGAAUCACACGUCGGACACUUCCCAAGUGUCUAGGACUGUGUGAUGUAUUGGCGAAUAAUGCCUGCAGAUAUGAGUCGGGUGGCCUUUUGCAGCUGACAGAUGAUUAUUAUUAUUUUAGAAGUAUCCAGGCUUUUGUUUCCUUUGAAUUGUUUGCUGCCUUGGAUAUAUCCUUAGUCUGGGUGGUGCUCACUGGUUCUUGACUGGUUACAGCCUGGAGACCUCCGGUGUCUGGGUGGCUUUCAUUAGUCACUGUAUUGAUUCUAAUAUUUUUCAAUAUUGGUAGUAAAAUUUUGUUCAUUUUAACAGACAAUGGCUCUUUCCUCCCACCUGGACAUCAUUCCACAGGUAUAUUAUAUAUUCCACUUGCUUUCCUGUUACCAGAUCCGCUGAAGAUGCCAGUAGCCAAAGGCGAAAUGAAAAAAGGAGAAAAUUCUGCCAGAUCCCAUUGGCCAUAUAGCCCAGAAAGCCAUAGAACGACACUCCAGUGAUUCUGGCUGUGAAAGCCUUCUGAACUACGACAACAGCUGUUAUUAUUGCUGUUGUUGUUAAAAUUAGUCCUUUUGUGCCCCCCCAAAGGUAGACCCCAAGGCCAAUUGAGUGACAAUCAGUGACCCUGUGCAUCGUGGGGCAUUUUCUUCCCAUCUUCUCACCCCAAACCCCUACUAAAGUUUGCAUGCGUCACACCAGAAGCCUUACUUUACCCGGAAGAAGAGGAGUAGUGCCCCCCCCGAACCCCUUGCCACAUUCCCAAAGCCUUAGCUCCGCCUGUCCAGACCAAAAGGGCUCCAGGCACCCCCCCCCCAUCUCUGUCAUAAUCCCCUCCUGCUAAAGGCAAUAAGAGGUCCAAGUCAAGCAUUGUAAUGAGGGGUCUUGCGCAGCCCAAAUGGCAGUGCCGUGUACUCCUAUUCUUCCAUUUUAAGGCGUCAUUGGGUUUUAAGGCCACCAGAGAAACAGUCCCCAAUUGUGCCCCCCCCCAAAUACUGGCUUGUUGCCCCAAUUGUGGCAUAAUUCAAGUUACAACAGGAAGUCGGAGAGGCAGGUGGCUUCCAUUGUCCUCCAGAGCGUCUCCAUGUGCUUCUGCUCCUCCUCAAACCCUUCUGUUCCUUUCCUUUUCUCCAUCCAGAAGAAAAAUUAUCUUCUUUAUUUUGGACUUUUUAUUUUGUGUAAAUAACUAGUCUUUUUUUCCCUUGGGAAAGAUACCAUGUAAAGGCGUUUUUGUAUAAACUCUGGAUUAUUUUUUUUUUCACAGUUGCUUUUUUUUUUUUACUUAAGAGAAACAACAACAAAAACACACACUGGGAAAAGGAAACCUCCUGCACAUUGCAUUCGCCGUUCUGCAGAUUUGCUUGGCAAAAGGGGUCUCUUCUUGCAUUUGGAUCCAUUGCGUGUCCAUGCAGAGACCUGGGGGGGGGGGUGUCAGUGCUGGUCAAGGGUGGAAGGUCAAAAGGUCUCUUGCCAGGAAGGGGAGGAAUAGGCUACGAACAAGGAGGGGUUGCAAUCCUUCCUUAGUUCAGUCUCUUCCAGAGAGUCUCCCUUCGUGCCACACCAAGAGGACACCCUCCCCUCCCAAUCGCCCCUCCAUUGCCUUGCUAGGGCCACUUCACCCCAUCCCAGCCAUUGCCUUUCCAUCCUGACCAGUUGCUUCCCCUCCCCGCUGCCUUUUUGGUGACUGAGACAAUCAAUGGAACAAAGGUGUCAAGGGAGGGGGAUGCUUUGGUCGCAGACCCCCUUUAUGCUCAUCUCCUCUUUUUUAUGGGGCUGGCUCGUUGUGGGGCCAUGCCGGAGACCCUUGGGGCCCCGUUCGCCCAUCCCAUUGUUCCCGGUCGCGCUCCAUCCUCGCUGGUUUUUGCUGCCAAGGGCUCAGGAUGUCCUUCCUUCCGGGUUUGGCCUGGACCGCCACGGUGUCGUUCGUCAUCGCUCCCUUUUCGUUCGUAUCCAUUUUGGGGCCAUUUGAUCACUUUUCACCUUUUUUUGUACACUUUUUCUCGUUCCCCCCGUUCCCACGCCGUCAGUCGUUGCCAUCGGUCGUCGAAUCAAGACGGGGUCGGAGUUUCCCCCGGAGCCAUGAUGGAACCUGAUAUAUUGUUAAAUAAAAAUAUUUUUUUCCUAUGGA